AUGAAGACUGCAAAAGGCUUCUGUGUCCUUUUCAUGCUGCAUCUGUGUUUCUUUGACUCUGGGAGGACUGGGAAAGUACUUGUAUGGCCCAUGGAUUUUAGUCACUGGAUCAAUUUAAAAGUUAUUCUGGAAGAGCUCCAUCUUCGUGGGCAUGAAAUAACCAUUCUGGUACCUUCACCAAGCCUUCUAAUGGAUCACACCAAGAUUCCCUUUAAUGUAGAGAUCCUUCAACUUCCAGUAACUAAGGAAACUCUCCUGGAAGAGCUCAAUACUGUUCUCUAUGUAGCUGCUUUUGAACUGCCAAAACUUUCAUGGUGGGACAUGCAAGUAAAACUAACAGAAAUGAGCAACCGUUUUUCAAGGACAGCCAAAAGAGUAUGUGACAGUGCUAUCACAAAUAAGGAGUUACUCAGCAGGCUACAGGCAGCUAAGUUUGAUAUCUGCAUUUCUGAUCCUUUAAGUUUUUGUGGGGAGUUGUUGGCUGAGCUUCUCGAUAUUCCAUUUGUAUACUCUUUUAGGUUUUCUUUCGGUAAUUUCAUUGAAAGACUGUGUGCUGGGCUUCCAACUUCUUCUUCUUAUGUUCCUGGUAGCACAUCAGGGCUGACAGACAACAUGACUUUUGUACAGAGGCUGAGGAAUUGGUUCUUGUAUGUAAUGAGUGGCGUGAUCUAUUCGUAUUUUCUACUUCCGGAAUGGAAUGAGUAUUAUAGCAAGGCUUUAGGAAAACCUACCACAGUAUGUGAGACUAUGGGGAAAGCUGAAAUGUGGUUGAUUCGAACUUCCUGGGAAUUUGAAUUUCCUUACCCUUAUCUACCUCACUUUGAAUUUGUUGGAGGACUACACUGCAAGCCUGCAAAGCCCCUCCCGAAGGAGUUAGAAGAGUUUGUCCAGAGCUCUGGAAAAGAUGGAGUUGUAAUAUUUACCCUGGGGUCAAUGAUCCACAAUCUCACAGAAGAAAAGUCUAACAUGAUUGCAUCAGCCCUUGCCCAGAUUCCACAGAAGGUUCUGUGGAGAUACACAGGAAAGAAACCAGAUACAUUAGGACCCAAUACACGGCUGUAUGACUGGAUUCCACAGAAUGAUCUUCUCGGUCAUCCCAAAACCAGAGCUUUUAUCACUCACUGCGGAACCAACGGGAUCUAUGAAGCUAUUUACCAUGGGGUCCCUAUGGUGGGAAUUCCUAUGUUUGGUGAUCAGGUUGAUAAUAUUGCUCGUAUAAAGGCCAAAGGGGCAGCUGUUGACGUAGACAUGCGUACAAUGACCAGUGCUGAUCUGCUUAACGCUUUGAAGGCAGUCAUUAACAACCCUUCCUAUAAAGAGAAUGCUAUGAGGUUAUCAAGAAUUCACCACGAUCAGCCUGUGAAGCCCCUGGAUCGAGCAGUCUUCUGGAUUGAGUUUGUCAUGCGCCACAAAGGAGCCAAACACCUGCGGCCAGCCUCCUACGAUCUCACCUGGUACCAGUACCAUUCUUUGGAUGUGAUUGGGUUCCUGCUAGCCUGUGUGGCAACUAUUAUCUUUCUGGUCACAAAAUGUUGCCUGUUCUGUUGCUGGAAGUUUGGGAAGACAGGAAAGAAGAGAAAGAGAGAGUAGCUUCCCAUGAGUUUGUCUGGAAAUCUUGAUAGGGUCCAUCCAAAUUAAUCUAGCCAGUCACCUGAACAGAUUCCUUUACCACUCUUCCAAGUUCUUGUCCGU